CCUAGUCCCUUACCCCUCCAGUCUAAACCAAUAAAAACACAAAACACCCCUUUGAGCUUUGACUCCUCUUCUGUGUCUUAACUCUAUUAUGUUUCCUUAAAAUCAUUUUUCGUAGACGGCAGAGUCGGCUAUUGUCUUUCUUCUCUCUCUCUCUCUCUCUGCAUGAAACAGAGUGCUCUGCUUCACUUGAUACUGUUACAAUGAAGUACAUAAGAACGAACAGUUUGAGAAGACUUUUCUCAUUGAAAAGACGAAGUCUUGAGGAUAUAGUUUACAUCGAUGAAGAAGGAAAAAACAAUGAAAACUCCAAGAUUGUUCAGGAACCGCAGCAUUCUCCAAGACCCUCUUGGAAAUGCUUUUCUUUUGAAGAAAUAUCUGAUGCCACCAAUGGCUUUAGCCCAGAGAAUCUGGUGGGGAGAGGAGGCUAUGCAGAGGUGUACAAAGGGGUGUUAGGUGAUGGAGAGGAGAUUGCAAUAAAGAGGCUAACAAAAGCUUGUAGGGAUGAGAGGAAAGAGAAGGAGUUCUUAACAGAGAUUGGGACAAUUGGUCAUGUCUGUCAUCCUAACGUCUUGUCCUUGUUGGGUUGUUGCACAGACAAUGGGCUUUAUCUCAUCUUUCAUUUCUCCUCCAGAGGCUCUGUUGCUUCCCUUCUUCACGAUGAGAGUUUGCCAGUGAUGGAAUGGAAAAUAAGGUACAAGAUUGCCAUUGGGACUGCUAGAGGCCUCCAUUACUUGCAUAAGGGGUGCCAAAGAAGGAUAAUUCACCGUGACAUUAAAUCUUCAAAUAUUCUCCUGACAGCAGAUUUUGAGCCAUUGAUAUCUGAUUUUGGAUUAGCAAAAUGGCUCCCAUCUCAGUGGACUCACCAUUCAAUCGCUCCGAUUGAAGGAACAUUUGGGCACUUAGCACCCGAGUACUAUAUGCAUGGAAUAGUGGAUGAGAAAACAGAUGUGUUUGCGUUCGGAGUCUUUUUGCUGGAGAUCAUUUCUGGCAGGAAACCUGUUGAUGGUUCUCACCAAAGCAUACAUGUAUGGGCUAAACCAAUAUUGAACCAAGGAGAGAUUGAGAAGCUGGUGGAUCCAAGGCUUGGAGGGACGUAUGAUGCUACACAGCAGAAAAGACUUGGCUUUGCUGCAUCCCUUUGCAUACGGGCAUCUUCAACAUGGCGCCCUACAAUGAGUGAGGUAUUGCAAGUAAUGCUAGAAGAGGAGAUGGAUAAGGAAAGGUGGAAGAUACCCAAGGAAGAAGAGCAAGAAGAGUUCUGGGGCUUUGAAGAUCUAGAACAUGAGUGUGACAGUUCCUUCUCAAUUUCUCCACAAGAUUCAAUCUCUACAAGAAGCACUACGACCAUUAUAGAUUAGCUGCUUAAGUCCACCCUAACCACCACUUUCAUUGACAUGUAAAUACAAUAUGUAUGUAUCUCCACUAUCAAUGAUCAGUAUGAACCAGGCUGUUUACAGGCACCAA